AGAGAAUCUGGAGUGUGUAUGGUUUUUGUGUAAUUUGAUGAAAGUCGUAGCCGUGGGUUAUCCCCUCCGCCCGCACUCUUCCCAACUACAGACUGUGCGGCGCGUAAUUGGAUUAGACUUAGAGCGCAGCGGAUGCGGUCUGUCAGUUAUGACUGAAUGAGCUAUUCUUUACUGACAGCAGACAACGGUACCUUCUUGUAAGGCUGCACUGGAUGCACGAAUCGGUAAACGCUUUUAUAGCGAUAAUCUAUUCAUUUGAUCACUUACCGGGUCGCUCACUUAACCUGUGACUCGUUUUAAAAGGCUGUUCAUCAUCGAAAGCAAUUAGCCGUGCGUUUGGUAUUUGGAAACGUUUGCUUGGUUUGAGCGGCAUGUUCUACAAUUCGCCUGUCCCGUCAUGCAUACGUUCUGCUUUCUGUUACUGCGCAAACGGAACUCGGGGUCGAAACACCGCAGUGAUGACUUCGGCGGUGCAACAAAGUAGGAGCGCUACCCUGCUCCCGAUCACCCAUGCAGACCUCCGCUGCGGGUGAUCCCUCAGCUGUCACGGAACCGCAGUCUUGGCUGCGUCCAGUGAUCGCUGAGGCGGACCUAAUCCACUUUUGAUGAACUUGGUUAAUGGACAUCCCGCUGUCAUUAUCAAACGGACUUAAUUUCUAUUCAUUUCUCUCCGCGCACGACCCCUCACCACGCCCCUCCCGGCACGCCACGCCGCAUUUGAGGGGGGGAUGUCAAUAAAUGUCGCCUCUGCGCCCCCCAAAAUAAGUGCGCAACUUCGCGUCUUGGGCAAGCUUGCGAUGCCUCGCCUCGGUCCUUGCGUUCCGCUCAUGCUGCGGGACGCGGAGGGCGCGCCUCCGAAGACUCGGCGGUGUCUGGAGCGCGAGGACGGGGCCUCGGUGCACGCGCUCUUGCGUGCCAGCUGGAGCGAGGACGGUAUUGGAGCCGGGGCAGGCCGUGACCCGUGCGCUGUGGUCGAGUUGCGCCUUCCGGCGACGUGCCGACGUGCCGAACAAGAGCAGAGCGCUCUCGCUGGGGCGCGGAGGCGCCGCCGACUGGCCGCCAACGCCCGCGAGCGCAGGCGGAUGCUCGGUUUGAACGUGGCUUUCGACAGACUCCGGAGCGUCAUCCCGAACCUGGAGAGCGACAAGAAGCUGUCCAAAUCCGAGACGCUCCAGAUGGCGCAAAUCUACAUCGCGACGCUCAGCGGACUCCUGCGGGACAGAGGCCGCGGCCCGGGACACGGCCGCCGUCACGGCGCGACGGCCGGAGCACACGAGCGGCGGGCCGCGGUAGAAAGGCGCGAGAUGGAGCACGCGGGGCAACGGACGGACCGGGACUGCGGAGGGUCGGUCGACGGUCCGGACAGCAAAGCUACGGACUUCAGCCCACUGUCUCAUUCAAAAACGGAGAUCACAGGACCAGCGAACUUUUGGGCGAGGAGCAGUGGCGCGAAGUAACUAAAGAAGUUGUUUCCACUUACCCACGCUGCCCAUGUUCAUAACCUUUUCAUUUUGUUUUCUAAACGUAGGCUGUAUUUUUUUUUUUAUUGCACUUUUGUAGUGUUAAUUUAAUGCCGAGUAAACGAUGAAGCCAUUUGUGACUAAAAUGAUGUAAACUAAAUAAAAUAAAAAUGUAAAUGGGAAAACUCCUUUAGUUCUAUUUCUGGUGAAUUUAGCACGUUCCUCAAAAUGAGCUGUAAUAUCGGCAAACACCAGUGUACUGAAAGUAGCAAUUUUUAUUCGAGUUAAAAUUAUGUACAAGUAACCAAAGACAUUAUUUUUUAAAUUGGUACAAAGUUCAGGUUCCUGCAGUUGGCUUUUUGACGGAUCUUUAAUUUGACCUCAACACAACUGAGAAAAAUGUUGUAUAAAAUAAAAAAUAAGAUUGGAUUCUGAAAAGUAGUCUAUCAUUCUAGAUUUCCAUUAGUCAAUAUUUACAGAAAUAUGUACAGUUUGUAGUUCCAUUUAUUUCAAGAACCAUGAACUUGAAAACAUUGGGAUGUUUAGCACAUUUAACACAUAUAUGACGGAAUACGCACACCCACACGCGCACACACCCACAUGCAGACACUCACACGCCAUGCACACACGCGCGCACCCACGCACACGCACUCGAAACCGUAGCUUCUGGAGCAGCCAGGUCGCAAAUAGCAAGAAAAUGGGGGAGGCAAAACGGAUCCUAAUUCCGGAAAUAUUUCAAACCAAAAACGAUGAUCUCGCGUGUCACUAUUUCAACAAACUCGAUGCGCUUUUCGUGAGGACAUGACGGAUGAGGGUUUGGUGUCGUGGGUUGUCUGAGGGCUUCACUGCACCGAACCAACCAGCAGUUCAUCAAAAGCCAAGCAGCGAGGAGCUCGUCUUUGAAGGCCAUUUUGCAUCCACAAAGCCGGAGCUUGUGACUUAUCGACACCGCCGUACGUCGGACUAUCUGCUGCACACGAAACCUCGCGCUUUGUGGAAACAUACAAGCGUCGUAAAACCGUGCCGUGCCCCUGAAUCUGAAUAAAUAAGACCGACAAUAAGACGACAAAAGGAAGUUGGUAAAGGGAAGCAAACUUGGAGCUGAGCACUUUAGCUUAUUACUGCGCGACCGACGCGCGCACACCGGCCACUCGGCCCGUGGAGCGGCGAAUUGGAACAGGCUCGCGCCUUCCACCGAAGCGGUGAUGUGAGCGCAAGUUAUUCGCCCCUCGUCCAUGAGCCAUGAGAGUGAACACUAUUGAGGCUGGAAGGAAAACAGAUCUUUCAGAAAGUGAACUAGACUUGCAGAACAGUACAGAUGCAGGAUACCAUCAGAAAACAGGGUUCCCCCGCCCCUACCCAAAAGUGUGGAAAGAGCAAACUAAUAGCCAUUCCCUGAUGUACAGCUGUCUAUUUCUUAUUUUAAGUUUAAAAAAAAAA